AUGGCUACUACCAGGCCAGCGCCGCCUGGUGGGGCCACAUGUGAGGAGGCGGAGGCGCAGGCUGAGGCGAAGGCGGAGGCGGGGCAGCAGCAGGGCGCGGAGCACCUCACGCACUUAACAGAUUCUGGUUGUGGGACUUUCAAUGUGCCAUUUUGUUUACUUAAGUCGCGUCGCCAGCUGGCAAAUCCGAAUACAAAUCCGAAUACAAAUCCGAAUACAAAUCCGAGUACAAAUCCGAAUACAAAUCCGAAUACAAAUCCGAAUACAAAGCCGAGUACAAAUCCGAAUACAAAUCCGAAUACAAAUCCGAAUACAAAUCCGAAUACAAAUCCGAGUACAAAUCCGAAUUCAAAUCCGAUUACAAAUCCGAAUACAAAUCCGAAUACAAAUUCGAAUACAAAUCCGAAUACAAAUCCGAAUACAAAUCCGAGUACAAAUCCGAAUUCAAAUCCGAAUACAAAUCCGAAUACAAAUCCGAAUACAAAUUCGAAUACAAAUCCGAAUACAAAUCCGAAUCGGAAUCCAAUUCCGAAACCGAAUGCAAGUCCAAACCGAAGUCCAAAUCGGAAUCCAAAUCCAAAUCGGAAUCCAAAUCCGAAUCGGAAUCCAAAUCCGAAUGGGAAUCCAAUUCCGAAUGCUAAUUCAAACUGA